UAAACGAUCCAGAAAGGUAAGCCCCGAGCAGCAAGCGGACGACGCAACCACUAUAAAUUGUACCCCCACUGGGUGGCAGCUCCUCAUUCCCAACUCCAAUUGCAUAAUCCAACGAUUUCAAGAUUGAUUUUCUACUGCAUCUUUAGAAUGUCGACCUUUGAGCUCUCAGCAUCUCUUCUCUUAUGCCUCAUUCCUCUGUUCUGCUUUUUCUUCGUGUACUUCAAAACUUUCGUGAGAAACCUCUUUGCAUCUAAGUCCAGUAAAAUCCCAAGCUCAUAUCCGUUGAUCGGCUCAUACUUUUCAAUAUUGGCAAAUAACGAGAGGCGAGUUCAAUGGACAUCCGACAUUGUGAGAAGCUCCCCCAAUUUAACCUUUACCCUUCACCGUCCUCUGGGCCACCGCUUGGUCUUGACGGCAAACCCCUCCACAGUGCAACACAUUCUCAAGUCCCAUUUCCAUGUUUAUGGAAAGGGCGAUGUUUUCCGCAGAACUCUGUCGGAUUUCCUUGGCGAAGGCAUUUUCAAUACGGAUGGUGACAACUGGAAGUUUCAAAGGCAAGUCUCCAGUCACGAAUUUAACACCAAGUCGCUCCGUAAAUUUGUUGAGACCGUGGUGGACACGGAGCUCUCCGAACGUCUCGUUCCAAUUCUGGCCGCCGCCGCCGAUAAUAAAACUGUUCUUGAUUUUCAAGACAUUCUUCAAAGAUUUGCUUUUGAUAACAUCUGCAAGAUAGCAUUCGGGUAUGAUCCUGCGUACUUGCUGCCAUCCCUGCCGGAGGCCGAAUUUGCUGUUGCUUUUGACGAUGCCACGCGAAUCAGUAGUGAAAGAUUCAAUACCCCUGUUCCCUUGAUUUGGAAGGUUAAACGGGCCUUGAAUGUUGGAUCAGAGAGGAAACUUAAAGAAGCUGUUGAUCAAAUUCGGGAAUUUGCUAAGCAGAUCAUCAAAGAAAAGAAGGCAGAACUGGAAGAGAAAUCAUCAAUUGAUUCAGUUGAUCUCUUGUCACGAUUCUUAAGCUCAGGCCAUUCCGAUGAAGAUUUCGUCACCGACAUUGUUAUCAGCUUUAUCUUGGCAGGCCGAGACACAACCUCUGCCGCAUUAACAUGGUUCUUCUGGUUAGUCUUUGGCAACCCAAAUGUUGAGAAGAAAAUCGUAGAAGAAAUCAAAGAAAAGUCUGAAUCUCCGGUAUACGAUGAAGUGAAGGACAUGGUUUACACGCAUGCUUCGCUUUGCGAAUCCAUGAGACUUUACCCACCGGUUCCUACAGAUACCAAAGAAGCAACGGAGGAUGAUGUAUUGCCCGAUGGGACAGUUGUUAGGAAGGGCACCAGAGUGACUUAUCAUCCCUAUGCAAUGGGUAGGAUAGAGGAGGUGUGGGGUUCGAAUUGGGCGGAAUUCAAGCCAGAGAGAUGGUUGGAGAGGGAUGGACUGAGCGGAAAGUGGAACUUUGUAGGUAAGGACUCGUACACUUACCCUGUAUUUCAGGCUGGCCCAAGGAUUUGUCUUGGCAAAGAGAUGGCUUUCCUACAGAUGAAAAGGGUGAUUGCUGGUGUCCUGCGGCGAUUUAAAGUGGUGCCGGCAAUAGAGGAAGGAGUGGAGCCGGUGUUCAUGGCGUACUUGACCUCCAAGAUGAAGGGUGGUUUCCCGGUGAGAAUUUUUGAGAGGGCCGAGUCCUGUUGAACAUGUUGUUACGGUCAUAGUCAUUAGACUUUUCAAUUGGGUGAACCUAUCAGAUUACUUAUUUCUGUAUUGUAUAGUGUAACUUACUUACUUUUGGAGUACUUUAAUU